GGCAAAACAAAUGCCAACUUUUUUCGAAAAAGAAAACCGAUUGUACUGUUAAGGGCGCUUCGUUACAGCAGCACAAUGAAAAUUAACGUUGUGAAAGCGAUCAUCUUCAUUGGAUGCCUUUUCGUAUCAGCCUUGGCUAUUUCUCAAGGCGACGACGCAUUGGCAGGGGAAUUUCCCUACGUUGUUUCUGUUACGUACAACGACGAGCACAUUUGCGGCGGAUUCAUCUACAGUAACUAUUUCGUUCUAACAGCAGCCUCCUGCCUUAUGGGGAGAUCGCCAUGGAACACUGCCGUGGUUAUUGCCCAGUUGUCGCUAGUUCAACCGGAUGUGGAUGAACUCCGCAUUCAAGCUCUUUCCUUCUACAUCUACCCAGAGUAUGAAGAAGUUUACCAUACCAACGACCUAGCGCUCAUCAAGGUAAACCAGCCGAUCCCUUACGGUCCUAACGUUUACUUUAUCUAUUACGAUGAGGCCAACGACACUGACACUUCAGCAACAGUGAUGGGAUGGGGAGCGACUCAGGAUGGAGGAGGUCCUUCAGCAAAGUUACGUAAAGCAGUUGUAACCCUUCCGGCCGAUUGCCAGUCUUACGGAAUUGACGAAUUUGUGAUAAACACGAUGAUCUGCGCUGGUAUCAAUGACAUUGACAACGCAAGUCCUUGCAAUUAUGAUCAAGGAUCGCCAUUAGUUCAAGGCGAUUACGCGAUUGGUAUCGUGUCAAAAAAUCGCGGAUGCAGCGGAAACUUCGCCCCCACUAUUUACACGCGAUUGUCUAGCUUCUACCCUUGGAUAGGAAAUACUGCCGGCAAACAACCCGUUCCCACUACUCUAAGCACAAAUCGUUACACGUAAUUUAACUUAAUUUGCACACACCCAUGUUCGCUAAAAGACCCUAUAUUAUUGCUGGGAGUCUCAUUAAAAAAAAAACACCCACAAAUCAUGAUCUUAUAUUCUUCGUUUCUCAUUUGGUCGCAAUAAAAACAGUUUCCUGUC